AAAAAAGUAGUGUGAGCUGUUGACUGUGGCAAAGCGGUUGGCAUUGUAAACAUGACGAGGCUACUAAUCAUAUCAUCGUUGUUAGCUCUCCUCUGCUUCUCUUGGAGCAAUGGGGCGAAAAGAAGCAUCGGCUUUGUGCCAAAUAAUGGUGAAAGUCCUGCGGGACGAAUUAUUGGCGGAGAAAAUGCAGUUGAAGGACAAUUGAAAUAUCAAGUUGGAAUCAGAAUGGACGACUCGUACUUCUGUGGGGGCUCGCUUAUCGCUGACCAAGUCGUGCUCACUGCAGGCCACUGUGUCAAGGACUUCGUCUCCUUUGAAGUUCAUCUUGGCGCCUUGAAUUUUAACAAUGAAUCCGAGGUUGGCCGCGUCAUUGUUACGUCUUACAACGCGACCCUACAUGAAAAUUACAACGGCCUCAUCAUCAAUAAUGAUAUUGCCUUGGUCAACCUUCCAGAUCCCGUUUUUGGCCCUAAUAUCUCGCCUGUGAGGCUGCCCUCUUGGUCAAUGGCUAAUGAAACUUUUGCUAAUCAGACCGGAAGGGUCAGUGGUUGGGGAAAACCGUCUGACAACGCAACGAGCAUCAGUCCUGAUCUCAAAUUUGCUGACGUAACCAUUAUUACUAACGAAGCGUGCCAAGCUUGGUAUGGUGAGCUGGUCCUCAACGAUAAGAAAAUCUGCAUCAGUACAAACAACGGCACCGAAAACAUCUGCAGCGGUGACUCUGGUGGUCCUUUGGUGAUUUACGAAGAAGACGGCUUGCCCACGGAAAUUGGAAUCAAUAGUUUUGUAACUUCAUUUGGUUGCGAAUCGAGAUUCCCCGGUGGCCUGACGCGUGUGACCAGUUUCCUCGGUUGGUUGGAAACUAAUGCUGGAAUCACCUUGAGACCUUAGAGAAUACUUUAAGGUUAUUGCGCAAAUAAAGACCUUCAUUGGUUAUUUUCUGCUGGGAA